AUUUUCGUACAUUGAUUUUGUGGCUAGACUGGCCACCUUGAUUGAUAGAAUCGGAGGCUCUGGUGUGAGGCCGAACUGUUAGUGCUCGAAGUUAUCAGCCCUCCUCUGUGCCAAGCAAAGUUGAGAGUGUGCUUGCAGUCACUUGUUAAGUUAUAGGUUCUCUGCAAAGUCUGAUUGCAUAGAGUUGGAGGAUUCUUUUUGCUAUUCCUGAUUUGGUCAGCCAGGAUGUCAAAAAGAAGGGGAUGUGCAUUUGGGGAGGGCAAAUUUCUACCAGAAGAGUCCUUCCAGAGUUGGGGAAGUUAUACAAGUGCUUUAAAAGAUACUAAAAACAGAUUUAGGGAUAGGGUGUUGGCAAGGUCUCCGGUUGAGGUGGAAAUAAAUGAGAUUAGGGCUCGUAGUGGACAUGAGAUGAAGAAGACUCUGAACUGGUGGGACUUGAUCUGGUUUGGUGUUGGUGCAAUAGUUGGCGCUGGAAUCUUUGUUUUAACAGGAUUGGAAGCCAAGGAGGAUGCUGGGCCUGCAGUUUUAUUGUCCUAUGUUGUUUCAGGAAUCUCUGCCCUGCUCUCUGUGCUCUGUUACACUGAAUUCGCUGUGGAAAUUCCUUCAGCAGGUGGGUCAUUUGCCUAUCUGAGAGUGGAAUUGGGAGACUUUGUAGCAUUCAUAGGUGCAGGCAACCUCAUACUAGAGUAUGUUGUUAGCGGGGCAGCAGUUGCAAGGGCAUGGACAUCCUACCUUGCUUCACUAGUGAAUCAUCAUGCAGAUGAUUUUCGUAUCAAAACUCAGCUUUCUGAAGGCUACAAUCAGUUGGAUCCAAUCGCAGUUGCAAUCCUCUUCAUAACUGCAGUGAUUGCCAUAAAGAGCACCAAGUCUGCAUCAAAAAUAAACUAUAUUGCUUCAGCAAUUCACAUUGUGAUCAUCUUAUUUGUUGUCAUUGCAGGGCUAACACAAGCAAAAGCAUCAAACUAUUCAGAUUUUAUGCCCUAUGGAGUCAGAGGCGUUUUCAAAGCAGCAUCUGUACUCUUUUUUGCAUAUGUAGGCUUUGAUGCAGUUUCUACGCUGGCUGAAGAAACAAAGAAUCCUGCUGUUGAUAUUCCAGUUGGGCUAGUUGGGUCCAUGUUGGUCAUCAUAACAGCCUAUUGUCUCAUGGCUAUGACUCUUUGCUUGAUGCAAAAUUACAAAACCAUUGAUACUCAAGCUCCAUUCAGUAUUGCAUUUCAACAAGCAGGAUUGGGUUGGGCAAAGUACAUAGUAGCCUUAGGAGCACUUAAGGGCAUGACCACCGUCCUCAUGGUAAGUGUCUUAGGCCAAGCUCGGUAUCUCACCCAUAUUGCGAGGACACACAUGUUUCCCCCAUGGUUUGCAUUAGUGCAUGAAAAAACAGGAACUCCUAUCAAUGCGACGGUUAUAAUGGUCGUAGCCACUGCAAUCAUUGCAUUUUUCACAAAUCUAGAUAUCCUCUCAAAUCUCCUCUCCAUCAGCACUUUGAUCAUAUUCAGCCUAAUAGCCAUAGGGCUAUUAGUUAGAAGAUAUUAUGUAACAGGUGAAACAAACAGUAGGAACCAAUCAUUAUUCAUCAUGUUCCUAGUCAUAAUCAUUGGUUCCUCAAUUGUGACUUCUAUAUAUUGGGCUAGAAGUGAUGGGUGGAUAGGUUAUGUUAUUACAAUACCAAUAUUGUUUUUGGGGACAUUGGGGUUAAGUUUGCUUGUUCCACAGGCUAGAGUUCCAAAGGUGUGGGGAGUUCCUUUGGUGCCAUGGAUACCUGCUCUGUCCGUUGCUGUCAACAUAUUUCUUUUGGGCUCCAUAGACAAUGCUUCAUUCAUCAGGUUUUCUGUUUGGACAGCGAUAAUUCUGCUGUAUUACUUUUUCUUUGGACUGCAUGCAUCCUAUGACACUGCCAAAGUCGCAGAGGCGGAAAGGAUAGAAAAAGGUGAUAACAUGGUUCCUAGUUAGAUUUGGCAUUGAAAACACAGUACAAAAUUCGAUGGAGUUGGGUUUCUUUUAUUUACUUAUUUUGGGGUUUGUAAAUAAAUUGAAGGCUUUGUAAUUAUUUAUAAGGGGGUUGCACUGUAAUGACAUUUCAAAAUCUAAGAAAAAGGAUUCACUGUGUC